AAGGCCUCGCCGAUAACUUGCGGGAAGCUUGAGGCUCACUUCAAAGGCACUAAGCUGCUGGGGAGGAAAGGCCAGGCAAGCGCCUGCACUAGGCAUGCUCAGCAGGGACUGGCUCCGUGCGAGGCUGGGCUGGCUCACAAGUCUGCCGAGGGCGGAGAGCAGGGCAGGCAUGAGGCAGCCGGUGGUGAUGGCUCCCACAGAAGAGAGCUUUCUCCUGGUGUAACUGUGACUGACUGAAAUCAACGCAACAUGUUCAGUGUGGAGGACCUCCUGAUUUCUCAUGGAUAUAAAUUGUCCAAAAAUCCCCCUGCUUCAUAUGAGAACAGAAGUGAUGGCUACCAGCCUGAAGCUACAGAGACGAGAACUAGUCGGGGAGCACUGAAUGGGUUUGAGACAGACGCUGGAGCCUACAUUUACAGCAAGAAACCCCUGGCCAAAGGCAACCUGAGCAGCAGCGAAGGCAGUCAUGGGAGCCAAGGGAGGCACCACGCCGGCCCCGGUUACCCCCCAGACCUCCAGGGUUUGUCCACUUUUCAUACUUCAGAAGGGGGAUUUUAUGACAGACCUCAGUUAGCAUGGUCUUCGGGGCCCAAGACUGACAAAGAUUUGGCGUACUGGAGAAGAAGAGGACAAGACUUCAGCGUACUGCUGGGUUACACUGACAAAGGAGACUCUGAAAUGAAAGGAUUGGCACCACCCCAUGGGGUGUACAGACAUGCUAAAGAAAGUCAGCUGGACGUAGGUGCAGGAACAGAGAAUGUGACAAGAAGUGGCUUGCAAGAGACCUGGAAAGCGCCUGGUGAUUACAAAUGGCAAAGUUUAAGAACUGAAAGCUGGAAACAACCUAAAACAUUAGGAAGACAAAUGUCUGAAGGUGAUAGAGAGAAACUGCUUCAAGAUCUAUACUCAUUGACUCUGGGAGACAACAUACUUAGCUCCCAGGACAAAGGGAAAUCACAGUCCUUGCCAAGAGUUCUUUCACCGGAGACCCUAAAGUGUGUGGAAAUUCCCUCCCUGGUGAAUAAUCAUCACUUUCUAAGUGGCACUAAAGCACCCUCCGGUCCCCAAAACAGACUGCCUUUGGAACUGGCAAAACCCAGGGAAACUGGAAGCCAUCUUCUUCCUCUGGCCAAGCCCAAGUAUGGCAGACCCCUUAAACCUCCAUCCUAUGAACUGCACCGACAGAGCAGGGCAUCUAUAGAAACCAGUGGCUUGCAGGACCACCAGCAAACAGAGGAGCCCAGUUCAUGUUUAGCCAAAGGAAAUGAGCUGAAGCAAGACAUUUCCAUUCCAGACCCUGGUUUAGAACCCCCUGUCUAUGUACCGCCGCCAUCUUAUAAGUCCCCACCUCCACUAAGUGUGAAUCAGCAUUCCCUCAGUGAAGUGCCUAACUAUGACUUGUACUUUGACAGCAGUCAGUGGCAUCCAGUAGAAAGGACAGUUGUCAGCCAUCCGCCCUCCACUAGUACAUUGGAAACUGGGGGUGAGCACUGCAAAGAUGAUCACCAUCCUCAUGGAAAACAAAGCCAUUCCAGGCACACUGAUGACUACCUGCAUUCCAUUCAGUAUAUUCCUUUUGAUGAUCCUCGAAUACGGCAUAUUAAAAUAGCACAUCCAGAGAGCCUCCAGGACAAUACUAAAUACACUGAAAAUACAUGUAGAACCAUUCCUACUGCUUUUCAGGAGAGAGCUAUUGAACUAUCUAAUAGUGCCUUUUUGGAUCCAUCAAGUUUACUAAAUACUGUAAAAGGUGAGAGAAUGCCUGACAGUACCACACAUAGCAACAGGUGGUUGGCAGCAUCCAACAGAGAUCAGGAAAACUGGGCCCAGCCUGACCAAAGAGAUGGCCGUGACACAGGCAAUCACCUCUCCAUGAAUGAAACUAAUCAGGAGUAUACAAAGGGCAACCUUUCUGUAAGAAACCCACAUAUGGAUAGCACCUGUGAGACUGUUACUAGAGUUAAAAAGUUUGAACCUGGAACUGGGAUGCAGACCAAAAAGAGUUCAAAGAAAAAAAUGAAUGAAACUAUAUUUUGUUUGGUAUCCAUCCCAGUUAAAUCUGAAUCAAAUCUGCCAGAUACGGAUAGGAACAAUAACCUAACCCAAAGCCUUGAUAAGAAGAAUGAGUUUGAUAACAAUGGAGCUUUGCAAGAACAAAGUCUGUUAAGUAUGUCUUCCACUGACUUGGAGUUACAAGCUCUCACAGGAAGCAUGACCAAUAAAACUGAGUUACAAAAACAAGAGCUGUGGAAACCAGAGGAGUUCAAACAAAUGAAUGACCUCAGUUUUACUCAGACUACAAAACACAGGGAACUCAAAUACUCUGGCUCUUGGCCAGGUGAUCAGUACAAAGACCAGCAAACACAGACAUGUUUCACUGAAGACCCUAAAAGCUCACGCUUCUUCCAUGGCAUAAAACCUGAGCAACCAAAUAAUAAACUAAUGUCUCCAAAAUUCUUGUCCUGCACAACAUCUGUGGCUGGGUCAGACCAGGCAGAUUUACCCCCCAAUAACAGGAGGUGUAGGCAGAAUACAUACAAUAUGAAAGGUCAGAUGAACCUGAGUCCCUCCAGCAAUAGUGCAUUUUCAAGGACUGCCACCUCUGUAAUUCAGGUACAUUCACCAAAGGCUUACCAGAGCCAGCCUUAUGGGUCCUGCACAAACUUACCAACUCAGGAAGGGGAAAUAGGUGCAAUUGGCACUGGUGAUGUUGUCAAGGGUGAGAGAAGUGCUCCCUGCAAUAGUAAAGAACUGUUUGGACAAUUUCUCUUGAAACCUGUGGGUCGCCGUCCCUGGGAUGCAAUAAGUGAAUUAGAAAGUUUUAACAAGGAGCUUCAAGGGCAGGAAGAAAGUACUAGUAGUGAAGAUGGUGUGGAGAGUGAGGGAACCAAGCAGGAAAGUGUUCCUACAAAUACAGGAACCUUCACAACUUGUGAAUCAACUCAGGAACUCAGACCUUGUAAGAAGCUAAAAACUGUGGUACCAGAAGUUCCUGUAUUUAGACAAGGAAGAGUUAAAAGUAAGUCUGAAAGUUGGAGUACAGAGUUUAAGUCUGAUGAUCCGUAUAUCUGUGCUGGAUCACAAAGCUCCUUGAGUGCGAAAGAGAACAGUAGUUUAGUUAGGCCAGCAGAUGGAAGUGUCAUAACAAAAAAACAGGAAGCCAAGAACAGAAUAAACAAACACGGAGCUAGUUUAGGCCCAGUCAGGAGAGUUUUAUCCAGUAGUCCAAGUAAUGUACAUCCGAGUAAUCCAUUCAAUCAUGUGGACUUGGAGACAAAGGACGAUAGACAUUACAUAGCUAAUAUAUUAGAUUUUGUAAAAUGGAACAAAAGCUCAAGUCCCAGAAACGAUAAACCUUUAGAGCGAGGCUCUAUAGUGAGAUUGUCUUUAACUAAUAGAAAUCAAGGUCAUUCUGAGCCAGAUUUGAGGUCUGUGGGACUAGAUAUUGAUUCUGAGCCUGGUGUUAAAAACUCUGACUUUUCUGCAAAUGCAAUGGAGAUCCCCCCAAAUGAGUCGCUGCAGGCAAGAGCUGCAAGGAUUCUGGGUAUAGAGGUAGCAGUCGAGUCUCUAAUUCCUGGGGACAAAACUGGUCUCCACCAAAACCCCAGCCCUGCAAAUGGUGUCCAGGAUCCUGAAUUACCAGUAAGUGGAACAGUAUGUGACAAAGUAGAAACAAAAGACUGCUCUUAUGAGGGCAGACGAAAGUGUGGCUGGACAGAAAGCUCUUUCUUUGUUGGAGAGCGCAAUGUCUCCUUUUGGACUGGUGAUCGUCAGAGCACUGACCAAGAAACCAAUUCUAAAACUCUGAUAACUGAGCAAGGUUUUGAACCAUAUAUAGGUCCCAACAGGCAAGAGAAGGAUCCAGACCAGCCUUGCAAGUCUGUUACACAUCAACUUGCUGAAAGAAACGUGAUCAUUCCAAGCUCAGAAAAGAGAGUCAGAAGCACCUCAAAGGUGAUUGAAACAUUACAAGGUAAACUUGCCUCUCCCCCUAGCCGAACUGUUAUGGAUCGUUUGGUGCGAAUGAAAGAAGUUGACUCAGUUUCCCGUAUGCGGCGUCUGAGUAUCAAGAGUGCAGACUCAGGGGAGGAAGUAGAUGAAGAGAAACCACUGAGGGUACAAGAGGAGAGAGGUAGCUGUGCCCCAAUCAGCGGUAAUGAACUCUCUCGCAAAAUGGUGCACACAGGUGCUGUUUCCAAGCGCAUCAUCUCUCUCAGUGAAAAUGGACACAUAACUGCGAUGGGCAAGAAAAAGACUGACCGAGAUUUUUGUUUGGAUUCGUAUGAUCCCUCCAGGGUUGAAAGGGUGUGAGAUGAACACAGAUGAGAAUCUAGAGAUGUCUGCUUUCCUAAGAAUGUUUUGCUGGUUUUUUGCUCUGUGUUUUAACACAUGGAAACUUCCUCCAUUUGUGGUGUUUAUGGUAUUCUGAUAAAGCCUUUACUACUGCCAAUAGGAACCUAAUUAUUCAUACAUAACUGCUUUGUGGUGAUCACAGAAAACUGACUCUUUCUUGGGUACCAUCUGGUUUUUGUAGCUUUAAGACUUAAUGCAUACACUUGGGAAAGUUUUCAUUUAAACUGUGUUUAACAGUUGGCAGCUGGGAUGGUAAACUUGAUGAGGCUACUCUUUCGAGCUUAUUCUGUGUAAAUUUGAACACAGGAGAUUAGUAAAAUGAUUUUAAAGGAAUGUGAAUUUAUAAGCUCAACUUCUUGAUCUCUAAAGCCUAAACCCUGGUUAAGUUGAAGAAUCUUUGGCCAUAAGACAUGAGUCAUAAGUGCUGUUGCACUGAGGGGGUGGGAAAUGCUUUGGAAUGAGGGGAAUGAAUAUGAAUUGAUUGUGAAAUCAGUUUGAACUUCCAUACUUUGAAUUAAUUUUGAUUGAAUUCUUUAUUUGCUUGCCAAAUGUAGAGGAAGAUAAAAGCAAACUCCCCAAGCUCCCAAAAGAUCAAGACUUUUGUAGUACAAUGUACAGAACAUGUAAUUACAUUAGCUAGCAACUAAGUGUUUUGAACCAAUGCAAACAAUACCACUGGCUGUUUUGCACUCAGUAUUAUCUAUUUGUGUUUUGCUGUUAAGAAAUUCUUUAUAUGACAUAAUUGCUGGUUUAAAAUAGCCCAUUUUAACAAAGUUAACUAUAUUUCUUGUUACAGAAUACUGUCUAUUUUUCUACGAUGUAAACAAUUAAGUGGUCAGUAUAAAGAAGUAUUAUUACUAAUAUUAUAUUUUAAGAAGAAUUCUUUUGACUGACAAGAGACGAAGGAGAGGUCACUUAUGUAUCUUAAUGCAUGUUCCAUAUGGCCUCAUAUCCAGUACUGCCACUUUGUUUUGUUGUGAAAAGAUCAAUCAGUGUAUAUGUAUGCAUAUGUAGUACAACGUUAACUUCUACAGUAUUUUUCUUUCAUCUGUUGGCUUGUCUUUGUGCAACAACUCUUUGGAGAACACAGCUAAGAACCAUCUGUGCCGCCAUAACAUUCCACUGGCUAUAACUACCAAAAGUGGGUUUGGGACCCUGUCUCAAUGUCUGUGAGCAGCUCUGAUAAAAUGCCAGGGUUUGUUUAACAUUUUUAUGUACUUUGGCCUUGAAUUGGGCUAAUGUGGUAAAUAAACCAGGGUCAGAUUUGUCAUUGGAAUUUGGGCUUCACCAGUGGGCAUCACCAAAGAUUUGCACAACUUCUUUUGUGACAUUCAAAUAUAUGGCUUUUUGAACAAAAAUUAAAGAGUGUAUAAAAAGCCUGUAUAUUCUGCUGUGUUUAAUACUGAAUUAACUGGCACAAUGUUUGUGUGUUAAAACCUUUAUGGCCACCUCUGUGUAUUUUUUAAAAAUCUUGUUGUUUGCUGAUGUUGUUUUGACAAUUUAUUCAUGAAUUUAAAGGGCUUUGUUACUAACUUUUUUCUUGUUUUAUAGAACCACCUUAUCUUUUUAAACAUUUCAGAUUCCUGAAAUAUUAAUUUUUGGGUGGUUUGUAAGUUAGGAAAAACAGACAAAAACACAUCCUGUGCUUUUGGCAGCAAGAACUUCUUAUCUAUAACAUAAGAACAUUGUGGAAUUUUUUAAAGUUUGUUGUAUAUUAAAAGAGAAUGUGAUUGUAUAAUUUAUUGAAUUGAACCUUGCAGAUAUAUUGUCCAGCUAUACUUAUGAGCAAUCUGUAUGCAUCUUACCCAUCUCUAUGCUCCUUUCUAAAUCUGGCUUCUCUAGUUGUAGACCGUACUAGGCUACAUUGACAGCUCAACAUUAGCAACAACAUGGACCAUCUCUGUGCUAAUAAUGGCUACAAAAUAAGCUUUUCCCCUUGCUCUUCCAGUAAAGAAUCACACUCUGCUUUUCUUUUAAUGAGCCAUUUGAUGUCAAUGAUACUGUUGAAUAUCAAAGCUGAGAUGCCUGGCAAAAACUUGGAUUUAAAGAGGAUUGUAAACUUCCAUCCAUCACCAGUCCAUCUUCCUGCAGUUCAUGUCUGGGACAAUCCAUUUAUUCUGGCAAAUUUGGGCAGGGGGCAUUCAACAAUUUUUUUUUCAACACACCUGUUCUGUAAAUCCAUGGAGUGUGGAUCAAGUUUAAUUGCCAGGACAUGAAAAAAGACAACCACUAAAAGAAAUUUGAACCCAGAGAGUAGGGGGUAUUUAUUGCCUAAAGAGUAGUAAACAGCAGGUUAAUAAACUUUGCGGUACAGUAGUUUGUGACUGACUGAGCUGAAACAACCAUAGUACAAAUGCUUUAAGAACAUAGUAUAUUUGUCUAAUAACACUUGUCAUGUCCUUUCCUAUUAAGAUAUGAUACUCAUAUAUACUCUUGAAUUGUAUUACUCAUAAACCUGUGGUCUGAUAUUUCUAUAGUACAUGUAUCCUGUUAAGGAACAAGUGGCUAGCUUUAUAUGUGAGACUCUUGCCAGAUGCAGUUAGCAUUCAGCUUAGGGACACUUUUACUUGCUGGGGCUAACAUCCCAAACUGAUCCUCAUAAAAAGUUAAGCAGUGAGUUCAGUUUCUUGUCUCUGUGCCUUUCUUACUAUGUGUAUAAAACCAUCCCCCAAGUGGCAGGUGCUAGCAAUGGUGGUGGAGUUGUCUCAGCAGAAAGGUCGAGGUCUGCGUGGAAAGGGAGGCAAGAGCCUGCUUGUCCUUCUCCCUAAGUCUUGUGUAUCAUUUACAGCAAUGCAGUGAGGGUGCAAAAUGGUACCAAGUCAGAAUAACAGCGAGCAUCAGGCACUGAAUGUCCUUGGUGAUCCCUCCAAAUCCCAAUGUAGGAAGAAUGCAUGCUGCAGCCAUCCUGUGGGUAAACAAGACAGCAGAUUUUGGGGGGGGAAUAGCUUUUGUAACCUGGAAUCACUAAAUUCCCAGGCAUUCCCAAAUAUGCAUGACAAGAAUUACUGCCUGCUUUAAAAAUAAAAAAGCAACAGGAAGAAACCUCCAGAUAGUUAGUUCAGAACUGUGAUGAGGUGGAGUAGGCCCCGAGACCUCCAAGCUCCCUGGAAAAGCUGUGUGAGAAGUAGCCAAUAAGGGCCCAGCAAGCUACUACAAAGACUUGCUGAGCUAGAGCCAGUUCCUUGCCAGAGCUAUAGGCGUGUGGCUAGUUGGCUGGCAGAGCUGCAGAGCCCUGGACUGAGUGAACAAGAAAGAUCCCUGAGCUGGUUGCUGGGAUUCUGUUGGGCAAGGCUGUGAAGCAAGAGACGGUGCAGGGCCAAGGGGAAGUGACUCAGAGAAUUAGAACAGCAGUGGAAUUUAAAUACAUGGACACAGCAGAUAGCUUCUAUCUACAGAGACCCUGGCCUGAGAUGCUCCCUACUCCCUUUUGGCAUUGGGAGGAAGUGGUGUGGACAUUAGGACACCCCAGAGGGGGAAGUGAAGCAUAGUGGCCCAGAGAGAGCGAGCUGUAGCGAGGUACCCCAAGAGGGCAAGGACAUUGUCUCCGGGAAGGGAAUCCUGAGCCAUGUCUCUAUUCCAGAGCAGGAAGAAACAGAGAAAGAGGGAGUGCAAAUGUGUGCAAUUGGUCAAAGGGGCACGCACAAGAGGAAUGUGAACCCCAUUAUAGGAACCCACCAUCUUCUAUUUUCCUGUCCUGCUUCAAAGUGAGAAUAAAACCAAAGAACUAGU